CCCCCCCCCUAAAGCCGCUCGUGCCCGAGGGCUGUCGCCGCGCUCUAGAGAGGCCGCCUGCUCCCCCGGAAGUGGGGGCCAGGGAGGCCUGCGCAGCUGGCACCCCCGCUGCCCGGAGCAGCCUGGGCACAGGGCGGGGGCAGCGCCUUUCUCCGCACCCCCGCCCCAGGGGCUCCAUGGAGGGAGUAGCUCCGAGGCGCUGAGGAGUUUCCUGUUUUCAUGGUGGUUUUCGCUUCAAAAGAAAACUGCUCUUCGGGAGCUGGCGCCGAGCAGCGGCAGCCGCGAGAGGAGGAACCGCUCCGCUGGCUCCGAGGGCGGCCGCCUGGCUGGCGAAAUGCGGCUGGUGAGACAGAGGUGGAGCAAGGAAGCCUGCAGGGUUGUGAUCACAGCCUAGAAACGCGUGUGUGCGCGUUAGGGGGGAAGCAGCUCUUCCUGCCCCACCCUCGGCUCUAAAUCUUGGGGGGCGUGUGAGGACUUUCCUCCCCCCCCCCUCCCGUCCUGACUUCUCCGAUCUAGGCGAUACUCAGGAAGAAUCGCAGCCUGGUGGUUUAACUUACUUUGUUCUGAAAUAAGGAAAACUUUAUCCUCGAAAACAUGUCGACAGGAGAAAACUUUGAGUCUCGGUUUGAAAAAAUCGAUGUAAUGUUAAGGGAUCCCAAAUCUGAAGUGAACUGUGACUGCUUACUGGAUGGAUUGGAUGCUUUGGUGUAUGAUUUGGAUUUCCCUGCCUUAAGAAAAAACAAAAAUAUAGACAACUUUUUAAACAGAUAUAAAGAUAUACUUAGUAAAAUCAGGGAUUUGCGAAUGAAAGCUGAAGAUUAUGAAGUGGUGAAGGUGAUUGGCAGAGGUGCAUUUGGGGAAGUUCAGUUGGUAAGGCAUAAAUCAUCAAGGAAGGUGUAUGCUAUGAAACUUCUGAGCAAGUUUGAGAUGAUAAAGAGAUCAGAUUCUGCAUUCUUUUGGGAAGAAAGAGACAUUAUGGCUUUUGCUAAUAGCCCCUGGGUUGUUCAGUUAUUUUUUGCAUUCCAAGAUGACCGUUACCUUUACAUAGUGAUGGAAUAUAUGCCCGGUGGGGAUCUUGUGAAUUUAAUGAGCAACUAUGAUGUUCCUGAGAAAUGGGCAAGAUUUUAUACUGCAGAAGUUGUUCUUGCAUUGGAUGCAAUUCACUCAAUGGGCUUUAUUCACAGAGAUGUGAAGCCUGAUAAUAUGCUGCUGGAUAAAGCUGGCCAUUUAAAACUAGCAGAUUUUGGUACUUGUAUGAAGAUGAAUAAGGAAGGUAUGGUACGAUGUGAUACAGCUGUUGGAACACCAGAUUAUAUUUCUCCUGAAGUACUAAAAUCCCAAGGUGGUGAUGGUUACUAUGGACGAGAAUGUGACUGGUGGUCAGUUGGGGUCUUUCUGUAUGAAAUGCUUGUUGAUACUGCAAAAACUUCCCUGUCGGGGGGGAGGGGGCGGAUGGGAUGGCCUGUGGAAUGCACUGAAAUGCAUCAAGUAGCAGGCGAUACACCAUUUUAUGCGGAUUCCUUGGUUGGAACAUAUAGUAAAAUUAUGAACCAUAAGAAUUCUCUUACCUUCCCUGAUGAUAAUGAUAUCUCUAAAGAUGCAAAAAGCCUUAUAUGUGCAUUCCUAACUGACAGGGAAGUAAGGUUAGGACGAAAUGGCGUAGACGAAAUCAAGAGACACCUCUUCUUCAAAAAUGAUCAGUGGGCUUGGGAAACUCUUAGAGACGCUGUGGCACCAGUUGUUCCUGAUUUAAGUAGUGAUAUUGAUACUAGUAACUUUGAUGAUUUGGAAGAAGACAAGGGAGAGGAAGAAACAUUCCCGAUACCAAAAGCAUUUGUUGGCAACCAGCUACCUUUUGUAGGAUUUACAUACUACAGCAACCAUCAGUAUUUAUCUGUCUCUGCAGAAAAUUCAAAUGACAACAGAACAAGCUCCAGUAUAGACAAAAGCCUGCUGGAAAAUAUGCAGAAAACUAUCUAUCAGUUGGAAGAGCAGCUUCAGAAUGAAAUGCAACUGAAAGAUGAAAUGGAGCAAAAGUGCAGAACUUCAAUCAUAAAACUAGACAAGAUAAUGAAGGAACUGGAUGAAGAGGGAAAUCAAAGAAGAAACUUAGAAUUGACAUUAUCUCAGACUGAGAAGGAAAACAUGCUGCUGCAACAUAAAAUAAAUGAAUACCAAAGAAAAGUAGAACAGGAGAAUGAAAAAAGACGGAAUGUAGAAAAUGAAGUGUCCACAUUAAAAGAUCAGUUAGAAGACUUGAAAAAAAUUAGCCAGCAUUCACAAACUACAAACGAGAAGAUGACUCAGAUACAAAAGCAACUAGAAGAAGCCAAUGAUUUGCUAAGGACAGAAUCAGAUACAGCAGCGAGAUUGAGAAAGAGUCAUACAGAAAUGAGCAAGUCCAUAAGUCAGUUAGAAUCCUUAAAUAGAGAACUUCAGGAAAGAAGUAGAGUUCUAGAGAGCACAAAAUUGGAAGCGGAAAAGAACAAUUUUCAAUUGCAAGCAGCAUUGGAAGCAGAACGAAGGGACAGAAGUCAUGGAUCUGAAAUGAUUGGAGAUUUACAAGCUCGGAUUACAUCUUUACAAGAAGAAGUAAAAAAUCUUAAAAAUAAUCUUGAAAGAGUGGAAGUGGAAAGAAAACAGGCACAAGACUCACUUAAUCAUUGUGAAAAGGAAAAGAAUAAUUUAGAAAUAGAUUUAAACUAUAAACUCAAAACAUUACAACAGCAUCUGGAACAAGAGGUCAAUGAGCAUAAAGUGACUAAAGCUCGGUUAACUGACAAACAUCAGUCAAUUGAGGAGGCAAAAUCAGUUGCAAUGUGCGAAAUGGAAAAAAAAGUGAAGGAAGAGAGGGCAGCAAGAGACAGAGCAGAAAAUCGAAUAGUUCAGAUUGAAAAACAAUGUUCCAUGCUGGACUUUGACCUGAAGCAGUCUCAGCAGAAACUUGAGCACCUCAUUGAGCAAAAAGAGAGACUAGAGGAUGAAGUUAAGAAUCUAACACUUCAGCUGGAACAAGAGACAAAUAAGCGAGUAAUGACACAGAAUGAACUGAAAAUGCAAGCUUUUGUGGCAGACAGUUUGAAGGGUUCUGAGAAGCAGCUGAAACAGGAGAUCAAUACGUUGUUGGAAGCGAAGAGAUUAUUGGAAUUUGAGUUGGCUCAACUCACUAAGCAGUAUAGAGGAAAUGAAGGUCAGAUGCGGGAACUUCAGGAUCAGCUUGAAGCUGAACAGUAUUUUUCGACACUUUACAAAACUCAGGUUAAAGAGCUUAAAGAAGAAAUUGAGGAGAAGAAUAAAGAAAUUCAAAGAAAAGUACAGGAUUUUCAAAAUGAAAAAGAAACUCUUGCUACACAGUUGGAUCUGGCUGAAACCAAAGCUGAGUCAGAGCAGUUGGCCCGAGGUAUCCUGGAAGAACAGUAUUUUGAACUGACUCAGGAAAGCAAGAAAGCAGCGUCAAGAAAUAGACAAGAAACUACAGAUAAGGACAACAUUAUAAGCCGGCUGGAAGAAACAAAUAAUGCAUUAACCAAUGAUGUUGAGUUUCUAACAAAAGAAAAUGCAGAGCUCGUUGACAAAAAUAAAAAACAGGAAGAAGAAUUUAGAUUGAAGAAAGAAGAGGAAAUCAACAGUAUUAAAAUCCAUUAUGAGAAGAAUCUUCACACUGAAAGAACUCUUAAAACACAGGCUGUGAACAAAUUGGCUGAGAUAAUGAAUCGGAAAGAUUUUAAAAUAGACAGAAAGAAAGCUAACAUGCAAGAUUUGAGGAAAAAAGAAAAGGAAAAUCGAAAGCUACAAUUGGAGCUUAAUCAAGAAAAAGAGAAAUACAAUCAGAUGGUAGUGAAAUACCAGAAGGAGCUCAAUGAAAUGCAAGCGCAACUAGUGGAAGAGUCAACAUAUAGGAAUGAGCUUCAGAUGCAAUUGGAUAGUAAAGAGAGUGAUAUAGAACAAUUGCGUAGUAAAAUUUUGGACCUUCAGCAAGGAAUGGACUCUGCCAGUGUUGCUAGCCUCCAGUCAGAUGAAACUGAUGGAAACCUUACAGAAUCAAGAAUUGAGGGUUGGCUUUCCAUACCAAACAAAGGAAAUAUAAAACGACAUGGCUGGAAAAAGCAGUAUGUUGUUGUAAGCAGUAAAAAGAUAUUGUUCUAUAAUGAUGAAAAGGACAAGGACCAGUCUAAUCCAUCCAUGGUACUAGAUAUUGAUAAACUAUUCCAUGUCCGACCUGUAACCCAAGGAGAUGUAUAUAGAGCAGAAACUGAAGAGAUCCCUAAAAUAUUCCAGAUUCUCUAUGCUAAUGAGGGGGAAUGCAGAAAAGAUUUGGAAGCAGAACCAGCACAAACAAUGGAGAAGACAAAUUUUCUAAAUCACAGAGGUCAUGAAUUUAUUCCUACAUUAUACCACUUUCCAGCCAACUGUGAGGCCUGUGCCAAACCCCUCUGGCAUGUCUUUAAGCCACCCCCUGCCUUGGAAUGUCGAAAGUGCCAUGUUAAGUGCCAUAAAGAUCACAUAGAUAAAAAGGAGGAAUUAAUUGUCCCAUGCAAAGUGAGUUAUGAUGUAACUUCAGCAAGAGACAUGUUGUUGUUGGCAUCCUGUCAGGAUGAACAGAAGAAAUGGGUCACUCAUUUAGUAAAGAAGAUCCCCAAGACACCCCCAUCCAGUUUCAUUCGUUCUUCCCCUAGAACUCUGUCUGGAAGAUCCUCUGCAAAUCAGUCUUUCCGAAAAGUUGUUAAAAAUGCUUCUGGAAAAACUAGGUCAAAAGAUUGUGGAUCUAUGGGGGAAAGUACCCAUUCAGAAAUCUCCAGUUAUUGCUAACCAUAUAUACAGUAAUUUAUGGAAUCUCAUGGGAUGCAGUCUGAGAAACUGGGCUUCUUUAAGCACACAGAGCAGUGCAGACAAACUGUUGUUCUUUUCAACACAAUUAUCCCAGGCUUCAGGGUUAAGAUUGCUGUUACUCUCGCCUCCCUGCUUUGGCACAAAAAGCACAAUGAGGGUGUUUUAUUGCGGGUUGCCUAAAGGUAGAUUAGAUUAAUUAUUACUAUGUAAUGCGAGUUAAAGAAAAUAACGCUUAGCUAGGUGUAUGAAAAAGGUGCUGCUUUUUUGGAUUUAUAAGAAAAUUCCUGUCAAUCAUGAUGAAAUGCAGUCAACUUUCCUCAUGUCAAUGAGAGAGAAAUACUGUUUGCCUUUUGGAGAGGAUAUUUAUAUCAAGUUCAGUACACAAACUUGAGCAGAGAAGGAAGAUAUCUCAAAAUGAGAAGAACUGAAAUUUCUUUGAAGACUCUGAGUUGUGCUGUUGAACACUGCAGAACUAGCUUAAAAAUGAAGCUGUAUACUCACUUGAACUUCAGUGCCUUCACUGCAGAGCUCUUAACAGCCUUAAUGCUAAUCACCCAUAAUAGAGUUGAUUGAAGUGUUAAAUAGUUUGCAUUAUGCUUUACAAAAUAUUGAUUCAGAAAGUGUGUAAAGGGAUGAGGACAACAAACAUUUAAUCUAUGCAUUUUUGCCAAGCCAUAUUGAAUUAUUUUACUAUUAGAGGCAUUAGAAACUAACCACAAAAGAACCAAGUUUGGAAGAAUAUUUUGGGGUACAUGAUUUCUGUAAUUGUUUAACAUAUUGCCUUAUUGUUUUAAAUGAUAACAUACAUUAAGUUAAAUGACAUUUAAGAAAUGUAUGCACUGUUUGAAAUAUAAAUUAUUCUUAGAACACUUAAAAUGGGUGUUGGAUUUCCCUUUUAGUGCCUUAUUUUGAGAUAAUUGUAUUAUUGCCAUGUCAAUAAGUGUAGAAAUCUCAAAAAUCUAUUCUGUAUCAGUAGUUUUACUGAACUUUAAUUGGUUGAAAGUAUUGUAGAUAGUAGAUGCAUUUCCUAAAUUGAAUACAAGAAUGAAAACUCCUGUUACAAAGAAAAAAUUCGCAUUCAUAAGUCAAGAAAUUACCAGAAAAUUCAAAAAGCAUACAACACAGAAACAACAAUAAACAGUAUACCCAUGAAACUUUUUAAAACUCCAGAUAAUUCAGGAAUUAAAGUAUAAAUGCUGUUUAAACUCUUGCUUUGUCACAGGGAUACAUUCAUGGUAUGGACAAUAUGGUUUUAUUUCCUAUUUUAUUUUUUUAACCAAAUACCUCCUCAGUAAUUUAUAAUGGCUUUGCAGUUGUAUAUUAAAUAAGAAGCACUGGAAAACUGAUUCGUUUUGCAUGUUUCAAGUAGUGUUGAAAGACACACUGCACUGAUGGAUAUGUAAUAAUAAACAUAUCAGUUAUUAAUAUGG